AUGAAAGGGAGGAGGCGACGUCCCAGUCAGAAAAGUAGAGAUAAAGCUGAGGAAGGUGGAGGUGUUGUUCCUGAGAAGCUGGAAAGAGAAUCUACGACAACUCAGACACAGCAAACACUACCUCAGCGCACUCCAUCUACCUCUUCAACGGCCUCGCGAAAAAGAAAGACAGAAUCGACAGAGGCCUCCACUUCCUCAGUGCCUUGUGCCAAACGUCGCCAAACAAGCGAUUCUCUUGAGGAAAUGGCUCCCGAAUUCCUCCCAUCCACUUCGGAAGAAGGUUGUCAACCCAAUAUUGAGGAUGACCAGCUUUCGGUGUUCAGCACAGAAGCGUCUAGUGAACAUGCUCCCUCCUUCUCAGAUAGCGAAUGCGAAGGUGAGGAACAAUGUUACGAUGAGUACAAUGAAGAGUUAGAGAACGAUGCUUUUCGGGAACUCGAAGCAGGCCUUAACGACUAUACGUAUCAUGUGAAAGACACUCCACCUCAACUAACUGCGCUCCGAUGUACGGGGAUUGGAUCACCUAAAAAGGUUUGGGGACUACUUUGCCGAAAAAAUGAACUGAUCCGUGCAAGUCAUCGUUUACUUGAUAACCAUCCUGAGUUAGUACCACGAACACGUGCUGUUUUGGUGGACUGGAUGAUGGAGGUCUGUGGAAGCGAAAAACAACAUCGAGAAACGUUUCAUUUGGCAGUUGACUAUGUGGACAGAUUUCUUGGAACGUUUCACGGCAUCAGGUCGCAAACCUUCCAGCUGGUCGGCACAGCAGCCUUGUUUCUCGCAAGUAAAUAUGAGGAAAUUUAUCCACCGAAGCUGGAAGAGUUUGUAGCUUACACCGAUGGCGCUUGUACUGAACAUGACGUCAGAACAUUUGAAAUUAUCAUGCUGAAAGAGCUGCAUUGGUCAUUAUCACCUAUCACUUCCGUACAUUGGCUCAGUAUGUAUAUGCAGUUCUUAGGAAACAAAGAGGAGGUGAAGAACGAUGGUGAGAAACAUGUUGUGGACCAGUCUUUCAUCGUUCCAGAUACACUUCGCGAAGAUUUCAUGAACAUGGCUAAGGUACUUGACCUUGUGCUACUAGAUGUCGUAUCUCUAAAAUAUUCAUAUCGUGAACUGGCCGCUGCAGUACUUUUUGCAUGUUAUGAACCUCACUCCCUUGUGCAGGAAGUGACAGGAUAUUCGUAUGCAGAUCUUCUAAAGGUCGUUGAGUGGGUGGAACCUGUAGUAAAAGUAUGUGAACGUCUACGUUCUUUGGGAGAUCCAAUAUUGAUUGUGGAAGGAGUACGUGCUGACGAUUUGCAUAACAUUCAGACACACCCAGACCAGGAUUUCGAGGAGAUCAUGGCUAACAUCGAGAGCGAACGGGAGAUUGCCGAACGCGCCCGUCAAAAGCUUCCAAUAGCACGUCGAAGAGGACCUUUGAGAACCCGAUGUACUAACCCAGAUCAUAUAACCAUUUUUACAUGA